AUAUUCAAAAAAAUAAUUUCUAAAUAAAAUUUUGUGAUUGGGUGGGUUUUAAUUAUUUAUUGUAUAAAAAUAAUUUAAAAUAAACUUUUCAUUAAAAAUGAUGGACGGUGUAUCGUUAAAUCAACAGUUUUCUGUGAAUCGUAUUGUUUAUAAUCAAGAAUUAUUAAAUUCAGCGGUUGAAUAUCAAAAACCAGAAUCAAAUCUUUGCAGAGAUUUGGCAACAAGAUGUGGAUCAUGCAAACCAGGAAAAUUUGUCACACGGACAAUACCAGUCUUAGACUGGUUAGUUCAUUACAAUUGGAAAAGAAAUUUAGCAGCAGAUAUAAUCACUGGUUUAACGAUAGCCAUAAUGCAUAUACCACAAGGUAUGGCAUAUGCAAUGUUAGGUAAUGUCCCACCUGUGGUGGGUUUAUAUAUGGGCCUCUUUCCAGUAUUUAUAUAUUUUAUAUUUGGUACUUCAAAACAUGUAUCAAUGGGUACAUUUGCCAUUGUAUGCUUAAUGACAGGAAAAGUAGUUAAUAAUUAUGCUACACCUUCUCAUGGUAGCUUAUUUUCUAAUAGCACGGUGAUGGAACUGGAUCCGCAACCUUUAUAUACACCUAUAGAGGUUGGAUCGACUGUUUGUCUAAUGACAGGUGUGAUAUAUUUAGUAAUGUAUGUAUUUCGACUAGGAAUUAUUAGUACAUUACUUUCGGAGACACUAGUUAAUGGAUUUAUUACGGGUGCCGCCGUCCAAGUUGUUGCAUCGCAAAUGAAAGACUUCUUUGGUAUUAAAAUACCAGCAAGUAAUGGAAUGUUCACAGUUGUCCAUACUUUUGUACAUCUAGUUACGGGAAUCACCACAAUUAAUACGACUGCAACAAUUAUUUCAUUAAUUACUGUGAUUGUUUUAAUAAUUAAUAAUGAAUUACUUAAGCCAUGGGUUAGUAAACGCUCUAUAAUUCCAAUUCCAAUCGAAUUAAUUGCGGUUGUUGUUGGUACUACAGCAUCAGUUUAUGGUCAUUUGCCAGAAAAAUAUGGUAUUGCAGUUGUGGGUGAAAUUCCUACUGGAUUUCCUGUUCCUGAAUUACCACGUAUGGACUUAGUAAGCAGUAUUAUGUUCGAUAGUUUUACAAUUGCCAUUGUUGGCUACACAAUUUCAUUAUCGAUGGCGUUAAUAUUUGCACAACAAUUAACAUAUGAAGUGGAUGCUAAUCAAGAAUUAUUAGCAAUGGGCUUGGGUAAUGUAUUUGGAUCAUUUUUCUCAUGUUUACCAUUUUCUGCGUCGUUAUCACGAUCCACAAUCCAAAAGAAUGUUGGUGGUAAAACUCAGUUGGCAUCAGUAUUUUCCUGUAUGAUACUUGUGGUGGUGCUUUUAUGGAUUGCACCAUUUUUUGAAGCUUUACCAAAGUGUAUAUUGGCCAGUAUUAUUUUAGUUGCAUUAAAAUCAAUGUUAAUGCAAGCUACUGAACUCGUACGAUUUUGGAAACUAAGUAAAUUCGAUGCAAGUAUAUGGAUUAUCACAUUUGUGUCAUGUGUUGUAUUAGAUAUUGAUGUUGGCUUAUUGAUUGGUGUUAUUAUAUCACUAACUGUCAUCUUCAUCCAAGGAAUAAAACCGUACACAUGUUUAUUGGGUGCUGUUACUGAUACCGAUUUAUAUUUGGACAUAAAUCGUUACAAAGGCACUGCAGAAAUACCUGGUGUCAAAAUAUUCCAUUAUUCUGGUCAAUUAAAUUUCGCAUCACGUGCAUACUUUAAAUCUGAAUUAUAUCGACAAAUAAAUUUGAAUCCACAAAAUGAAUUAUUACGACGUAAGAAAAUGGAUAAACUAAAAGAGAAAUUAAAUUAUACAACAGCUACUAUUACUGGAUUGGAAAAUAAUAAUCUGGAGAAAAAACAAAAAGCCAUACAAAUACCAGUUGCGAAAUUGUAUUAUUUAAUUAUUGAUUUUUCUGCAUUAAGUUAUAUUGAUCCGUCUGGUGUGGCAACUGUUGUUGGUAUUUGUGAAGAAUUUAAUAAAAUUGGUGUUCCUGUUUUAAUUUCUGGCUGUUCAGGUCCAGUUUAUGAAAAAUUUGUAAAAUGUACAACAUUUGAUAAAAAAGAAUGUUCAUUAUUAAAAGUAUUUCCAACAGUUCAUGAUGCUGUACAAAGUAUAAAACCAUUAGGUAAAUUAUUAAUGCAAGACAAUGAAAGUGAUACUAAUAUAAUUAAUUUAUGA